UUAAGCCUAUAGAUUUCGUGGAGACACUAAGUAUUUGGAUCUUAUGAAAUUGACGGUUUACGCGCACUGCACCGGAUCAAGCGCAUUUACGCAGUGCUCGUAUUGUUUAGUCGUUUAUUGAGGCUUCUUAUUGAUGGUUUUUUCCUGGGUCACUCCAUUAGGAGUGUGCGAUUCAGCAGCGCGUCAUGGAUUACAGUAACCUGAUGGCGCCUCCGGUGCCGCCACACAAACCCAUGUCCCCCCGGCCUGCGCACUGCCAGGGGCGCCUGUUAAAGUGCGUGUUUCUCGGGGAUGGAGCUGUGGGGAAAACCAGCCUGAUUGUCAGCUACACAACCAAUGGAUAUCCGACAAAAUACGUCCCGACAGCGUUUGACGAUUUCUCAGCGGUCGUACAGGUGGAUGAACAACCAGUGAGACUGCAGCUUUGUGACACUGCAGGACAGGACGAAUUCGAUAAGUUGCGUCACUUCUGCUACACGCGGACUGACGUUCUCCUCCUGUGCUUCAGCGUUGUCAGCCCCACUUCCUUCCAGAACAUUGGUGAAAAAUGGGUGCCGGAGAUCCGACGCCGUUGUCCACUCACACCUGUGUUACUGGUGGGCACCCAGUGCGACCUACGGCAAGACGUCAAAGUCCUCAUCGAACUGGCACGGCGCAGAGAGCGACCCGUCCUGGAAGAGGACGCCCGCACCCUGGCAGACAAAAUAGGAGCGGUAGCCUACAUAGAAUGCUCUUCUCUCACACAGAAAAACCUUAAGGAGGUGUUUGACGCUGCCAUCUCCGUCGGGCUCCGACACUCCGACCGAAGAGCCAGACGAGAGCGGAAGGGGGAAAUAUUACUGCUUCACUGUCAGCAAACAGAAGAGGACAACACCGGUGGUGGUGAACCCAGAGAGCUGAGCAGGAGACUGAAGAUGAACAGAGCCGCAGGUGCUACACAGCCAUUCGCAGCUCAAGGAUUGGUGGACCUUCUUAUUUUACUCUUAUCGUUUGUUCUUCUGAUAUUUAUGAAUAUAUUUAGCUUUUUUAUUAAUAAUAGAAUCUAUCAUAAUCUGAAUGGACAUCACUCAAGUAUAAAUGUGGGCAUAUAAAGGUGCUUACUAAGGUACUGUAGUGUUGCAAUAAAUAAAAAACUAACUAGCAUUUUAUUGUAUGUAAUGUGUCAUAAAGACAUUAAGCAUUAACUAAAAUAAUUGUAAAAUUCACCACAUAACACAAAAGUGGACCAUAUACUUUAAGAUUUUCUUUUGUUAUUAUAGUUGUUUUAUA